GGAUUUAAGGGUUGCACAUAUCGGUGUUACAUGACCUGCCUCCGGAGAGCAGAAGCAAGCCUUGUGUCAUUGUCCUUUGUAUACUAAAAUGACAAAGAGUCAAACAUGUAUGUCACAACGGCGCAAAUAUUUACUGGUUUGACAAGUGCUGUUUUUCGUCAUGGGACAACAAAGUUAAUUCGUAGCACAACUGCCACCAUGAGUCAGACAGGUGUGCGGUCCCUGUCUGUGAGCCAUCAUAUGCUGGCCAGGGCUAAUAAACACAAAGACCAGGAGGAGUUGAAUGACGAGCCCAUUAAGUUCUCCACCAGCAAAGCCAGUCACAGGACCUGGAAUGUUGACCGCUCCAUGGGGAGUCAUUAUGAACAACCCUGGUGGAAAGUCCUCCCCCUCAGUGUGGCGGUGGUGAUCUUCCUGUUGUGGUGUGCCAUGAGAGAUGAAUCAGACGUUGACAAACAAUUGGAGAAGGAUCUUUAUCAGCAUUUACCUGGAUUGCUCUCAGAUGAGAAAAAAUAGGAUGUAUAUCAUUUUAUAUUAAAGGGGACCUAUUAUGCUUUUUCUACUUUUGACCUGUACAACCUUGUGUUAAAUGUUUGGGAUGCCUCAAAGUGCUCUCUGUUACAAAAGGUGAUGUCAGAGGCAAACUUUCUUGAAUUGGACAAUAUAGGAAGCACUUUGGGUAUGUGACCAAUCACAGCAGAGUGGGCAUGCCCAGAGGUGGCCCACUAGCGAAUAAAUUAACAGUUUGAAAUAGGUGUAGAUACUGCAAAAUUUAAGACCACAACCCAAUACAUAGGGUCGAAAAAUUAGCACAAUAGGUCCCUUUUGUGUCUCGAGUAAAUGCAAUAUCCUUGACUGCUUAAUCUGUGCUGCCACACAAUCGCAUAGCCGACCUCUUGAUUUAAAAAAGGCUUUGACUGUUGUGGAGUUUGUACUGACUGCAUUAAAUGUCAGAAAUCAGAAUUUGAGGUAGUGGAAAUUUUAUUUACAAGAAAGAAAUCCCAUGGCAUGCACACACAGGAUAAGAUGAGCUAACAGCCCUGAGAAAGGCAGAGAAAAGAGUUUUCAGAUGAAGCACUACUAUAGUGAAUAGCAUAGUUGAGUCAAAUAUAUAUAUAAAAAAACAGACAAAUGUGUCAAAUUGGGAGCUACACAUGCUGGUAAUGGUUCACAAUUUACAAAACAAGUCAAUCCUAACCCAACCAACCCCCUACACAAUUAAAAAAUAAAAGCCAAAUGCUUAAGCACGCUCUCCUCUGAUUCGCCUGGCCAGUUGGAUGUCCUUGGGCAUGAUGGUCACCCUCUUGGCAUGGAUGGCACACAGGUUUGUGUCCUCAAACAGACCCACCAAGUAAGCCUCACUGGCCUCCUGUUAACGAAUACAGUUACACAACUGGAAGCAAAAAAAUAUUUAACUACAAACAAUAAGGUGUUCUCAGACCUGCAGGGCGCCAAUGGCUGCGCUCUGGAACCGCAAAUCGGUCUUGAAAUCCU